CACCCGCUCUUCACCUGCCUCCUCACUGCCCUCUCUCCUUAUCAUCUUUGCUACCUUCCACUGGUUAUUCCCAUGUCCUGUCCACCCCUCCCUGUUCUUCUCCUGUUCAUAUGUGGGUUUUCUUUAGUGAGGGAUCCCAGAACUGUGACAUAGAGCUGAGAAUCUGCAGAGAGCAUCGGAAAGAUUCCCACCUUAUUCAGCUUGUCCCUCUCAGCCCCUCCUUAUAAAACAGGGGGACCUCUGUUUAUAAGAGCUGAUCAGGCGGAAGAGAGCACAGCACAGGAUAUUCUGCAGCCACAGGGGGACAAAGAGAGAGGGGGACAGACACAGACCUGGCAGAGCUUGAAGACAGAAACCUCUGAGAGGCAGUGUGAUGUUUAGGGCCUGGGCACCAGGAAAAAGGUCAGUCCUGCGCUCAAUACAUUACCAUCAGCCUAUCACCAGCCUAGGCAGGACACUACUGCAGCCGUUAAUCUGCUGAGCCAUAAAGUGACGCGUCGAGACCCAAAAGCAAGAAUAAGAUCCCACCGGUGGCGGGAGAGUGAUACCAGCAGUACCAGUUGAGCAGCGGGAGAUCCCCUCCUUCAUCCAUCUCAAGUGUUCACUGCAGGCCUGAUGGGUCCCUUUCUGGGAGACUCGAGGAAAGGACAAGAACACAAACAUAUAGAAAAAGGAAAAACAGACUCGAAAGGGACAGAAGUGAGGAAAAAGGUGACCACACUGGCAAAGACUGCAAGAAAAAAAGAAACCUUAUACUUUCAGAAACAGAUGAUGGAGGAGAAAGCAUGAGUUUUCUCAAGGAUGUACAGGAGCAGGUACACUUGGACAUCAUCCUGAGUCUCAGCACUACAGUCCAUGCCUCAAUUUACCUUUGCAUGUUUCUGCGGUCUUCAUGGGUUCUGCAAAAUGAAGCCAAAGAAAGAGGAACCCCAAAUGGAACAGGAGACUUCAGUAUGAGGCACAUAGGCCCCCUUCUCAGGGACCAAUCCAUCUACGUAUUGGAGGGGUAUUUAUAACAAUGAGUAUGUAGGAGAACAUCCAAUCCCGGUACAUUACCAAAGCUGGGACAACUUGCAGAGUAAUGCUGGGAAUACAUUUCUGGCAUCCAGAAAAUAAAAAUGUAACUAUGUGCUGUUACCUCUGUGAGGAAAUCCAGAGUUUAGUCUAUGCCACUGCAUUAAUGGCAGCAACCUAUAGCCAGAAAACUGUCAGUCUAAAGCUAAGUGUCAUCCUCUAUCUCUAAGUAUUCCUGUCCUAAGCUGUUCCAGAGAACUAUCAUGGCCAACACAAAAGAAAUAAUCUAAAUACUAAUACAUGACCCAGAUAAAUGUUUGCUUAUUUUUACUUAGAUCAUACAGAUGUCAUUGCAAAGUCAUACAGAUGUCAUUGUAAAGUAAUAGUAUGUGCAUUCGUUUCAUUAGAAAUGACCCUCAAAGUUUAGGCACCAGCUUAUGAUCUGUGAGAGCACAUUGACUAUCUUAGCUUCAGCCCACCCCAGGCUACCUUGUAUUUAGUCAGAUGAUGACAGAGGCUUGUGGGACAUUUGUCGUACAUACACAGGGCUCAAGUCCUGCAGAAAUGCAUGGGAACAGAGUUCCUGCACUUUUUCUACAGCAGGAUCACAGUUCCCAUAAGCAGGAGUCCUGCAGGAUCAGCCUUUGAGUGGAAAUCUUGGGUGAGUUCCCACACUUUUUUUCCGAGGACCCGACCCCUGUACAUACAUACUUCAUAUCUGAUGCAGGUUCACCAAUAGUUAUUACCAAGUAGGGAUAAAGUGAUGCAUAGUAAAAUGUUAUUAUCACACUGAGAUAUAAUAUGCUGUAUAACUAAGGCUGAACUACACACUUUGCAUUCUGAAAGGCCAAACACACCUGGUAACAAUGACUGACACAAAAACUACCGUAUUUAACAAUUAUGUUUAAGGAUGCAAACUUCAUUCCUUCCCAGACCUCCCUGAUAUGCAGUUUUCAACCUACUACUAGUAAUUAGAUUACAUGCUAGAUGUAAGGUCUGUGUGUCAAGGAUACUGAAGCCUUCACUAAUUCUCACACAAUAGCAUAGCUUCAUAAUCGCCCCCCCCCCCCUCCCCAGCUCCCUGAUUUGCUAUAUACAGCCUUUUCACCCCCUGUGCUGCUAUCUCUAACACAGAAGGAAGAGUAGCACAGAGAAAGCCUACACAGCCUGAAACAGUGUGCUGUCAGAUCUAUAAUAAAGCUAGCAGGACAGUCAGCUAUGUGAAGGAGUUGCACACACUCUCAAGCAGCUUAAUAGGUAAUUUGUAAUGAAGACUAUUUAGAAAGUAACUAAAAUUUAGGAAGAAAAUAAACAAUAAAAAAUUAUUGCAAAUGAGUUCAUAGCAUUUUAUUGUUAGCAUGCACAAUCUUAAGAGAUGCAUAGCCUGUCAGUGACAAUCCGCAUUCUAAUAAAAAGAAGCAUGUUCACUAGUAAAUGAUAGAGACCUAAGCUGCUAAUUGUAUUUUUUUACUAUAUACUGUGAAUUUGGAAAGUUUUUCAGACCCUUUCACCUUUUUCACAUUUUGUAAUACUGCAACUUUGUGAUAAAAAAAAAAUAUAUAUAUCAAGUUUAUCCCCAUCAUUCUGCACUCAAUACCCCAUAUUGGCAAAGACAGAACGUUAGAAAUCUUUCCUAAUUUAUUGAAAACAAAAUGAUGUGGAAAAAAUAGAUUUUUUUUUCUUUUCUCACAAGGCCUCAACAUAUCAAAAUGUGAAAAGAGUUAAAUGGUCUGAAAACUUUUUGAAAGCAUUGUGUAAGCU